AUGAAAAAAUUUAUUAGAAAUUUUAAGGAUCAGUAAAAUAUAAAUAAACACUUAUUUUGUUCUAUAUGCCAUGAAGUAUUUAGGAGACCUGUAAUUAUAGCUUGUGGGCAUACAUUUUGCAAGCAUUGCAUACAAUUAUGGAAAGUAAAUCAUAAAUUUUGUCCUAACUGUAGAUAGACUAUUUAGAAAAAAGAUAAUUUACUUAAAAAUUUAAUUCCUCAGCAGAUAAUUGAUGAAUUAGAUAUGAACUGCGCUUCUGAAGAGUGUAAAUGGACAGGAAAAUUGUAAGAUCUAGAAAAACAUUACAGCUAAUGCUAAUUUUUCUAAAAAAUUAAAUAAUCAGAAACUAAUCCAGACACAACUAAAGCUAUCACUAUAGAAGAAGAGCUUUCUGCUGCAGAUGGAAGUGAUGUUGAAAUUGUAGAAGUAAAAAAUUUAAAAUCAAGCUCAAAAGUUUAGCAAGGAAUUUAGAAUUAAAAUUCUAAAAUAGGUAUAUAAAAAGUGAUUGCUAAGCCAAAGUAAAAAAGCCUUCUAAAUAAAAUGUAAGCAUAAAGAAAAUCUUUUAAUAAUUACAGAAUAAAAUCUUAAUCUGUUUCUUCUUCAUAAUUGGAAUCAGAAUCUGAAAAUAAAUCUAAUUCUAGUGAUGAGCAUGAAGACUCAUUUUCAGAUUUUUAAAAAUAUGAGAAGCAUUAAUAAGAAAAUGAUUAAGGAGUUAUGGAGGAAGAGUAAGAUGAAAUAAAUUUAAUUAAAGAUGUAAGAAAAAAAGUGAUUAAAAUUUCAUAUGAAAAGUAAGAAGUCCCUAAAAGUAAAUUAUCAAAUAAUAUAGAACAAAGUAUGGAAAUAGAAAUGCAAUAAAAAGAAAUUUAAGCCCUAUAGGAUAAACCUCUCAAUUUAUCAGAUGAUGAAGAUGAAAAUAGUAUAAAAGAUAUUGAAGACAUUUUCAGCAAAAUUUAAGAGAGGAAUAAAAAACAAUCUGAUGAAAUUAUUUAAAACUAAAAGAAAGAUAAUUUUGAUAAUAAUUUAGAUAAAAAUUUUCAUGAAUCUCUAAAUGAUUAAAUCAGUCAUAAUUAAAUCAAUCCUUAAAAUUUAUAUGAUAAUUUAAAAUAAAAUAUUUAGCUCGAUGACAUGGAAAAAUGUUAUUCGUCAUACUUACAAAAAUUUUCAUCCUCAAAGUAAGAUAAAGAUAAAAAUGAUUAAGAUAAUUUAAAUAGUGAUUAUAAACAUAAAUAAUAAGAAGAGAAUAUGAUUAUUGAUAACCCUGUAAUUCCAUUUUCGUGUGUAUCUCCAAAUAACUCUAAUAAAAAUUAGCAUGACGAUGAAGAUGGCAAUUUAAUAAAAAGUGUUGAUUUAAAAUAACCAGUUUAAUAAUCUUAAAAUUAUCUAAAAUCUAGUAGUAAAAAUAUAUAAGAAGAUUAGAAUUUAAAUGUAAAUUAGUUUAGCCCUUAAAAGUUUCAAGAAGAAUAGUUAUUGCUUUAAAAUUCUAAUAAUAAAUUAAACCCAGAUUAAAAAGAUUAAAGCUUAGAAAUUUAAAAUGACCAUAGUGCUCUAAAAUAAAAUGAAUAAAUAGAAAAUAUAGAGUAGGGUAAUUAAGACGGAUAGCAAAUAAGUUCUGAAUAAUCAAAAUAGCAAGAAAAAUAAUAAGAACCAAUUCAAAUAGAUAAUUAACUCAAUAAUGGAUCAAACCUAAAUCAAAAUAAUAACAAUAGCGAUUUGGAAUAAAAUAAAAUCUUUUAGGAGAAAUAAGUUGAUGUUGUAAAUAAAGAAAUAGAAUAACAACAAGAAUACUAAAAUGGAAAUUUAGAAAAUGAUGAUGAAGAAGAAGAAGAAAGUAAAUGUAAUAGAGUUGGAAAAAUUUAGUAAUAGGAAAUGAAUUAUCAGCUUCAAAAUGUAGAUUACAAGUAAUAUGCAGGAUAAAAAGUGAUUAACGAAUAAAAUCAUUUAAUUUAAGAAAAAAACGAACAAAGUGCUUAAAAGAUGAAAGAAAAUUAGAAUAAUAAAUAGGAAGGAGAAUAAUAAAAAAAGAAAAAUCCAAUAAUCGAUAUCCUAUUUGGCUUUUGGAAAAACUGA